CUUCCCGGCAGCCAGUCCCGCAGCCGCGGGGACCCACGCGGCGCCCCCACUCCGCGUUGCUGACGCGCCGCCCCUGAUCCCCGGCUCACACCCCCGCCCCAGUCUGCUCGGCGCGGGGCAGCAGCGGCAGAGACAGAGGAGCGCAGGAGAGCAGGUACCACAUCGGCCACCUGGGACCAGGAGUCACCAAGAUGCCCAUUUUGGAAAAAGCCCCCCGUGAAGUGGCUACAGACACCCCCAACAGUGAGAAGGAGCCUGGGCUGCCCAAGCUGCCAGUGCCCCCGCUGCAGCAGACGCUGGCCACCUACCUGCGGAGCAUGCGGCACCUGGUGCCCGAGGAGCAGUUCCACAGGAGCCAGGCCAUCGUGCAGCGCUUCGGGGCUCCUGGUGGCCUCGGGGAGACCCUGCAGCAGAAGCUUUUGGAGCGACAGGAAAAGACAGACAACUGGGUGUCCGAGUAUUGGCUGAACGACAUGUAUCUCAACAACCGCCUGGCCCUGCCGGUCAACUCCAGCCCUGCCGUAAUCUUCGCCCGGCAGACUUUCCAGGACACCAGUGACCAGCUCAGGUUUGCGGCCAGCCUCAUCUCGGGCGUGCUCAGCUACAAGGCCCUGCUGGACAGCCACGCCCUCCCCACAGACUGUGCCACCGGCCAGCUGUCGGGGCAGCCCCUCUGCAUGAAGCAGUACCACGGACUCUUCUCCUCCUACCGUCUGCCCGGCCACACCCAGGACACGCUGGUGGCCCAGAAGAGCGUCGUCAUGCCGGAGCCCGAGCACGUCAUCGUGGCCUGCUGCAACCAGUUCUUUGUCUUGGAUGUGGUCAUCAACUUCCGCCGUCUCAGCGAGGGGGACCUGGUCACCCAGCUGAGGAAGAUCGUCAAGAUGGCUUCCAACGAGGACGAGCGCCUGCCUCCCAUUGGCCUGCUGACCUCGGACGGCAGGAGCGAGUGGGCGGAGGCCAGGACAGCCCUCAUGAAAGACUCCACCAACCGUGACUCGCUGGACAUGAUUGAGCGCUGCAUCUGCCUGGUGUGCUUGGAUGCGCCCAGCGGCGGGGACCUCAGUGACGCCCACAGGGCGCUCCAGCUCCUCCAUGGCGGGGGCUGCAGCCAGAACGGUGCCAACCGGUGGUAUGACAAGUCCCUGCAGUUCGUGGUAGGCCGGGACGGCACGUGCGGCGUGGUGUGUGAACACUCCCCAUUCGACGGCAUCGUCCUGGUGCAGUGCACGGAGCACCUGCUCAAGCACAUGACAAAGAGUAGCAAGAAGCUGGUCCGAGAGGACUCCGUCAGCGAGCUGCCUGCGCCCAGGAGGCUCAGGUGGAAAUGCUCCCCGGAAAUCCAAGGCCACCUGGCCUCUUCGGCAGAAAAGCUCCAGCGCAUAGUGAAGAACCUGGACUUCACCGUGUACAGAUUUGCCAGCUACGGGAAGACGUUCAUUAAGAAGCAGAAGUGCAGCCCCGACGCCUUCAUCCAGGUGGCCCUGCAGCUGGCCUUCUAUAGGCAGCACGGGAGGCUGGUGCCCACCUAUGAGAGCGCCUCCAUCCGGCGGUUCCAGGAGGGGCGGGUGGACAACAUCCGGUCGGCCACUCCAGAGGCACUGACUUUCGUUCGAGCCAUGACUGACCACAAGGCUGCUGUGCCUGCUUCGGAGAAGGCACAGCUCCUGAGGGCCGCCAUCUGCGCCCAGACGGAAUACACUGUCAUGGCCAUAACGGGGAUGGCCAUCGACAACCACCUGCUGGCACUGCGGGAGCUGGCCCGAGACCUGUGCACAGAGCUGCCGGAGAUGUUCACUGACGAGACGUACCUGACCAGCAACCGGUUUGUCCUCUCCACCAGCCAGGUGCCCACGACCAUGGAAAUGUUCUGCUGCUAUGGUCCUGUGGUCCCCAACGGCUACGGUGCCUGCUACAACCCCCAGCCCGAGAGCAUCCUCUUCUGCAUCUCCAGCUUCCACAGCUGCAAGGAGACCUCAUCUCUGGGGUUCGCGGAAGCCGUGGGGGCGAGCCUCGCCGACCUGAGAGCCCUGUGCAGCCUGCCGCAGCCCACUGACUGCAAGCCACUGUUGACAGAGGGAAAAGCCACUGGGCCCAGCCAGGGCUACCAGUCUUGACUGCAGCUCCGAGGCCAGCCCUCUGCAGCUGCUACACCCUGCCUCACCCUUGUCCUCAUCCGUGUUGCCACCCCCGCUUUCUGCAGGGCCCUGGUUCCCGGGCCCAAACCACAGGCUAUGUAGUUACUGCCCAUGCCGGAGGGUCAGGAGGAAAAGGGAGCCUGGAGAGGAUUGGGGUGGCCUGCGCCCUGGGAAUGCAGACACCCUGGCUUCCAGGUGGUGAGGUUCCCAGCAGAGCCCUCCCUUCUUGCCCCUCCAGAGCUUAAUGUUCCUGUUCCAUCCCCUGAGGGACCUAGCGUGUCUGGAGAUGUCUUUACCCAGCCAAACAAUGAGUCACUCUAUUCUGAGCCAUGCACCCGUGGAGGCAGAGGCUAGCUUGGGGUCAUUACCCCUUUUUCUUGCUGAGAGGAGUUAGGGGAAGAGGCUUUGUUUCCAGAUCCAGAGCAUCUGAUGGCAGCUGUCAGGGUCUCCACUGAGCCAUGCAGUCCUGCAGACGUCUGCUGUCCGCACACAUGGCCCAAGCUCAUUUGCACCAAGCUGGUGCCCUGAACCUCAGGCAGGUUUCUCCCUCAGAGGUGCAGCAUCUCACCCAGCUUCGAGGACAGGAAAGCACCGCGCACAUCAGUGCUGGAGUCCUUGGGGUGCUCUCCUUUUUGGAUGACAUCAGGAACAGGUGCGACAGUCAACCAAUAGCCUGGAGCAGGCGGGGUCCUGCCCCUGCAUGUGUUCCGUGUCCUCUGCCCAUCUCCCAGGACACAGGCCCUGAAAUGUGACCUGCCCCAGUCGUGGAACCAGGCAGGGGCCUCGGGGUUUUCUCUUGUUGUUUAUGGGGUUUGUUAGUUUGUUUUCAAGAGGGAGGUUUUUAAGAAAACCACUGAAAUGGUGAUUUCAGCAAGUGGUCUCAGUGGCCACUGCCUGUGGCUGGUGUGGUAUCCAGCAAAGGCCAUGUGGAUGCUGGCCAAAGCUUACCCACAGAGCUCUCUCCUGGAUACAGAGGCAGAGACCCCACCUUGCCUGUGCAGGACAGAGCAGACGGUUAUCAUGGUUCAGCCUUCCAGACUCUGACAGAGGAAAGGAACUCCAUGUGGGGGACACUUUUUUCCUCAUUUCAAUCUUUUUAAGCUUUACUCCUCCUGCCCUCUUUUUUCAGUAUUAUAAACUGAACCUAGGGUCUUCACACUGGGCUAUAGCCCAAUCCCUUUUUAUUUAUUUAUUUAUUUUGAGGGUCUUGCUAAAUUGUCAAGGCGGGGCUGGAACCUGUGAUCCUCCUGUCUCAACUUCCCAGAGUGCUAGGGUUACAGGCAUGCCCGGCCACACCUAGCUAAGUUAUUUUAAUUUACAAGUAAUAGCAGUACCACUCAUGGGGUACAGCGUGAUGCUUCUGUGCAUGUACACCUUGAUAAGAUCAGGGAAUUAGCAGAACCAGCACCUCCCUACACUUAGCACAUCUCUGUGGUGAGAAAGUUUAAAUCCCCUCUCCAAUUGUCUUGAAAUACACAGUGUGUGUCACCGCCAGUGGUCACCGGCUGUGUAACUGACCCCAGUGGCCACUCCUCCUGUUUAGGGUGUUGGACCCAGUGGCCAACCUCUCCCCUCCUCCUCCCUCACUUUCCCCAGACUCAAUCACCACUGUGAGCUUUCUAUGAAGAGUCUAAAUGGGUGGCAGAGGUGGGGUGAAAGCAGUCCUCCAAAAAUAAGGGGUACAGAAAGGAGAGGACAGGCAAAGCCUUAGGGGGAUCUGGAAAACCCCCUUCCUUAUCCUGCAGGUCCUGCAUCAUUCUGAGCACUCCACUCUGGUCCAGGGACCCUGUAAGUGUCCCUUCUUUAAGCCCAGACCCAUGCUGAACUUCUGGGGCCAUGUGAAAACAGCCAUGCCCCAGGCCUGGGUUGGGGUGGAGGAUGCCGUGGGGCCACAAGGGCACCCUGGGCACUGUCUUCUCAUGUGCUAUUCUGCAGGUCCCUGCUCCUCCCCUCCAACACCCACCCUCCAGCCCUAAGGUCCCCUGCUGCAAGCUGACCCAAAGCCUGUGCAGCUUGAGCCCUCCCCAGUCUCCCUCUGUGGCGUUCCUGGCUGGUGGCUCCAGCGUUGGAGCCUAUGGGCCCUACUGGGCUAGGCCAGGUGACUCAAGAGUCCAGAGACAGUUUCCUGUAUGGUCACAUGUGGAUAACCCAUGCGGACUGGAACCGUGUGUGCAAAGGACUUUCCCUGGCAGGGAGACUGGUGUCUGACCGGAGACGCCACCCCCAGCAGGCGCUGCUCUGGUGCACAUGCCUGCAGACCUCGAGCGCGGAAACUGGAAACCCCUCUCUGUCCAGGCUGCACCUCAAGGGUGCCCGCUUCGGAGGCAGAGGCAGCACUGCUUGCUUGGAGGAAGGGCCAGAAGCUGGUCUUCCCCUUCUGAUGACAAUGGUUUGUGCACUGCAUCCUCACAAAAGGCGACACUGAGCCAUGGCCAGGUGUCUCUAUGGGGACCCCAGGAGAGGAGGCCACGUCCCCAGAAAGGUGGGAAAAGAGAGUCCUUUAGAAGAGCAAUGUCUAAUAAAUACAGCCACUGACACUACUGCUAAGUUGCCAAACUAUAUGAAGUUAAGAUUUGAGUUCUAUUUUUAUAAGAUAGUUCUAGAUUUAUGGCAAUAUGUACAUGUGUAUUUAUAGCCUUCCCCUUUUAAUUUAUAGUUUCGUGCUUUAAAGAGAUAUAUGAAUGAUGAAAGAACCAAAUAUUGAAAGCACUCUAUACAAAUUAUUUAAAGACUCUAACUCUGUAUUCAAUAAAACAUAAUGCCAAGACGGA